UUGAAUGAUGCUGACAUGAUUAGAUAUUUCUUUCUAUAAAUUCUAAUAACUUUGCCUCAGGCAGCACUUUACGUUAUAGCGAGUGUAAGUUUAAGUAUUCAACAACACAAACCACAUGAACAGAUCAAAAUCGUGUUGACUGAUAUCAAUUAAUUUAGUUAUCUUUUACCUAACUGGUAUGAAAAAUUGCCCAUAUAAGAAACUACUUGUUGCAGCAGCAUGUUUGCUAAAUUCCUGGUAUUCUUGUGCCUCUUGUUGAGCGCAAAUGCAAACUUGGAACUGUGGAACAAGUUUAAAGUGAAAUUCAACAAAAACUACGCCAGUACCGCUGAACAUCAAGCUCGCUAUGAAGUAUUCAAAUCGAAUCUUGCUAACAUUGAAGAACACAACAUCAGAUACGAACAAGGUUUAGAAACUUGGUACAAAGCGGUCAAUCAAUUUACGGACAUGACUCCAGAAGAGUUUAAAAAAUUGUUGUCAGCCGCACCUCUCAAGAUGAACGCUACAAAUGUGCACAAAUCUAUAGUUGCUAUUCCGGACAGUAUUGAUUGGAGGUACCAAGGACUGGUUACUGAUGUGAAGAAUCAGGGUGGAUGUGGAUCUUGCUGGACAUUCAGUGCGACAGGAACAUUGGAAGGUCUUUACGCUCGAUUAACUGGUAACCUCGUUUCCCUCAGUGAGCAGGAUUUGAUGGAUUGUUGUACUGAUGAAGCUGGAUACAAUGGGGCGGCAUGUAGCGGUGGAAUUGUCCAAAGUGGUUUGGAUUAUGUGAGGGAUCAUGGAAUUGUUGCUGAAAGCUCAUAUCCGUACGAAGGCGCUCAAGGAAGCUGCCGGCAAGGCGGCAGCAUUUUCCAGAUCAGCGGCUACACAGAAAUAGCUCAGAACGAUGAAGGCGAUUUGAAGAAUGCUGUCGGAUCAGUUGGUCCAGUUUCAGUAGCUCUUAAUGCUGACGGUUAUCAAAGUUACGGAGGAGGAAUUUACAAUGACCAAUCUUGCUCGCAGUCUGUCAAUCAUGGGGUUCUUGUGGUUGGCUACGGAAGUGAAAGUGGUAUGGAUUACUGGAUAAUCAAAAACUCCUGGGGCGCUGACUGGGGAGAAUCUGGAUACAUCCGAAUGGCCAUUGGAUAUAACUUAUGCGCUGUAGCAGUUCAAGCCUGUUAUCCAAAUGCAUAAAUUUCGCUAAACUUUCAUCAAUAGAAAAAUAUACAGUCUAAAGGU